AUGCGUGGACGCUGUAUGCGCGCACUGCAGCUCGACGGUGGGCGAGGAUUGGCUGUGCAUUGCGGCGCCCAUGCGCUCAGCGGCCAACGGCGGCCAAGACUGCAAGCAAGCAAGCAGCAGGCGCAGGCUGGAAAGCAAGAAGCGGCAGCGUCGUUAGUAGUGUGGAACGCUGUCUGUGCAAAGUCCGAGGGGCCCACGGCGAGCGGACGGGAAUGGAAGAGCUCGAACGAAGACCCUGGCUUGCCGCUUUUCCUCUUCCAAUGCAAGGCCCGCAGCGCGCAAAUGGAAACAGCAAAUGUGCACUGUGCGGCUCGCCGACGGGCACCAGAAGCAGAGGGCUGCCUAGCCUGCGGUAAGCUAGGAAUUGUGCAUGGCCAUCGCGAACCACCCCCAGGACCCCCAGGACCCCCAGGUGGCAAAGAGCGGAUGCAGCAAGCAGCAAGCAAGCAGCAACAGCAGCAGCAGAGCCGUGACCCAGAGAGUGGAUCAGCGUCGCGGCGCUACCACAGUAAUGGUGAUCGGUCCGCUCAUCAACUCACCACUGAGUACAGUACAGUACCACAUUCGCUCGUGAUCCGCUCUCGUGCCGCGCAGGAGACUAGUCCUGCUGUCACAGCGGGAAGCACACGCUUUUCCGGUGUUUCUGACUGCCCUCCAGCCUCCAGCCUCCAGUGA